AUGGUUACUGUGGAAGCACCAGAUUAUGAUUGUUCUAGGGUGCAUGGAUCUGGACUUGCAAUUAGGACAGAAAAACCCACUGAAAUCAUUGAUGCCAGUACUAGUGAGCAAAAGGCACUUUAUGAAAAGUGGGAAUGCCCUAAUUGCAUGAGUCUCAUGAUCAUAAGGAGCACCAUUUCCACUGUAAUCCGUGAUGCAAUUCCUGAAAAGGAAAGGACAAUGGAUUGUUUAAGGGCAAUAGAAGAACAGUUUGUUGGCUCCACUAAAGCAUUAGUAAAUACCCUCAUGAUCAAAAUGAUCACCGUGAAAUAUGAUGGUCGUAGUGGGGUACGUGAGCACAUUAUGAAGAUGAUUGACAUGGUGAACCAUUUUAAAGGAAUGGAUAUAGAAAUAUCCGAAGGUUUCCUUGUGCACUUCAUUAUGACUUCUCUUCCUACACAAUUUGGUCCAUUUAAGAUGAACUAUAAUAUGCAGAAAGAGAAAUGGAAGAUGAGUGAGCUGACCGCCAUGUGUGUUCAAGAAGAAAAAAUGCUUAAAAGUGAAAUGUCUGAAAGUGCAGACCUAACGAAUGGACCACAUAAGUGA